GCUCUGGGGGAUCAAAAGGUUGCGCGCCGGGCAGAAAAAAGAGAAUCCUAUCAUUGGACACACGCGCCGCAACAAAACCUUUACCCCAACUGGAAAAACUGAUCCAGGAUCACGCUUCUGACACAUGGAGAAACCGUGUUAUCCGGAGUUCCACAGGCAGGCGAUGUUAGGAUAAUGUUUCGACUGCUGUAACGCAAAUUAUUGAGAAUAUAAUUUAAUUUGAUCUUUUUAAGUACUUUUAUUACGCAUUUUUCGUGUUUUUUUUUUGUUUUUUUUUUAACAUAAAUAAAUCAUUUUGGUGGCAAUUCAAUUGACACCGGACGCGAUGAGUACUCCGGGUGGUAGAAUAUCUUCUUUGCUUCAGUAUAUUUCUUGUAAAAUUACAAAAUUACAAAUAACGCAGCGCUGGGAUUCUCAGCCAUUACAAUAACAAAAAGCAAAUGAGAAGACAGUUAAAGAAAUAAUUCAUCUUUCAUGUGUGAAGAUGGUUAAUAAAGUAGAAAAAGAAUUUUGCGAAGAAACUCUACCAAAAUCUGAGCAAGAAAUAUUGUUAAAAUGCCAGUCUCUUUCUGACAAGAUUCGCGAGCACAUCAAACAAAAAAAGAAAUUUUUCUCUUUGGAAUUUUUUCCUCCAAGAACACCUAAUGGCGCAGUGAAUUUAAUGGCAAGAUUUGAUCGUAUGAGUCGAGGAGGCCCGUUAUUUUGUGAUAUAACAUGGCACCCGGCAGGAGAUCCUUCUGGGGAUAAGGAAACAAGCUCAACUACCAUUGCAAGUACAGCUGCAAAUUAUUGUGGUUUAGAGACAAUGUUGCACAUGACCUGUGCUAACAUGACAUCUGAUAUUGUUAUCAAGAAUCUGAAAAAAGCAAGAAAUCUUGGUUUGAGGAAUGUGCUGGCAUUGCGUGGUGAUCCGCCAAAUGGUGAAGAAUGGAAGUAUCUUGAUGAAACCCUUAAAUAUGGAUGUGAUAUGGUCCGUCUUAUACGUAAACAUUUCAAAGAUUUUUUCACCAUAUGCGUGGCAGGUUAUCCACAGGGUCAUCCGGACGCCACAUCUUAUGAAGACGACUUAAAAUACUUAAAAGAAAAGGUUGAUGCUGGUGCAGACUUUGUUAUAACACAGUUGUUUUUUGAGACAAGCGUGUUUUUCAAGUUUGUUAAAGAUUGUCGGAAAAUGGGCAUUAAUAUUCCAAUAAUACCGGGCAUUAUGCCAAUUCAGGGUUACGCUUCAUUGCGUCAGCUUGUAAAACUGUCCAAAUUGGAAGUACCCAAAAACAUUACAGAUGUAUUGGAGAAAAUAAAAAACGAUGACGCAGCUAUUCGGAGAUUUGGUGUCGAACAUGCGACAAUGAUGUGCAAAGAACUUUUAAAUUCUGACGAAGUACCUGGACUACAUUUUUACACUCUUAAUCGUGAAGUAGCGACAAUAGAGAUUCUAAAAGUAGUAGGCCUUUGGAAGCAAUACCACAUUCACAGACCGUUACCAUGGAAACACUCUGCACAUUCUAAACGAAUAAAAGAAGAUGUUCGGCCUAUAUUUUGGGCUGCAAGACCAAAAAGUUAUGUACACAGGACUUCUGAGUGGGACGAAUUCCCUAAUGGACGUUGGGGAAAUUCAGCGUCUCCAUCAUUUGCUGAACUGACAGAUCAUCACUUGUUUUAUUUAAGAAGUCAAAAAGAUAAGGAACAGCGCGCUCAUAUGUGGGGUGAGAAACUGGACUCGUUGGAAGAUGUCUACCAUGUUUUCCAAUGUUAUUUAAAUGGCAAGGAGAAUAAGUGGGGACACCAGGUUAAAUCGUUACCAUUUAACGACGAUGAAUUGCAGUUGGAAACGGGCUUAUUACUUCGAAAUUUGAGCAUAGUAAAUGGUGAAGGCUUUCUUACGAUUAACAGUCAGCCGAAUGUAAAUGCGGCACCAUCCACUGAUGAAAAGUUUGGUUGGGGCGGUGCCGGCGGAUAUAUCUACCAGAAGGCGUACCUAGAAUUCUUUAUGAGGAAGGAAUAUGUGGAGGCGUUGUUGGAUGUGUUAAAACAAUAUCCACAAGUGAAUUAUCAUAUCAUUGAUAGUCAGGGUUACUACGAUAACACAAAUGCAGACCGAUACUCUCCAAUUGCAGUCACGUGGGGUGUGUUUCCUGGCAAAGAGAUCGUGCAACCUACUGUUGUUGAUCCAAUCAGCUUCAACUUUUGGAAGGAUGAAGCAUUCUCUCUUUGGACUGAACAGUGGCAAUCCCUCUAUGAAGAAGGAUCAAAAUCUGCUUCAAUUAUUCAAAACAUUUAUGAUAAUUUUUAUCUUGUUAAUUUGGUGGAUAAUGAUUUUAUUAAAGGUAAUUGUUUGUUCGACAUUUUACACCAAGUUAUUGCUAACAGCAAGCAUGAAGUUGGAGAUGACGUUCAGUCAUCCACCGGCAUGCGUCACACAGAAAACAAAGACCAAACUGACAAUCUAGUCAAUGAAUUCACCGCGAGAUUAAGAGAAAACUCGUCUCCUACUCAAGAAUUAGUUAUGAGUUAGUGUGCGAACGAGUUGCUUGUACAAAUGUGAUAAAAACAAUGUAUAUCCCGGAUUAAGUGAGAAUGUCUUAUGUUUUUGAUGGUAUCUUUAGUUUUGACUGGUUGCUAUGCGGAUGUAACCUAGCAAAUUUUGGUGUUGUUUGUACUUAAAUACAGAAGAUAUCAGAAAAUAAUAAAGAUUUUUUUGGGAUUACCAACUGUACUCUUAUUUGCUUACGAUGUAUCGGAACAGUUUCUUAAGUUUUAUUUUAAAACUAUUUACGUAUAUUGAUUGUCACAAAAAACUUACAAUUUUGUAUUUAUUUUUUAAAACGAAAACGAAAAAGUUGUAAUGAGAAGCUCAGUCUUUCAA